AUGGCUGCUAAUCAUCGAGCCGAAAUCAUAAAAGCCCAUAUUAUCGGUCAUGGACUCGAUGCCUGGAGCACAUCAUUCGACUCGAUCUACAUCGAAAACAUCCUGCUUGAUCUGUUGUUCGCCUUGCGAAACGUUUCGACAUCUCGACUUCUUCCAUCGAAUACAAGUCAUGGAACUCUUCAACAUGAUCUCCAAAAGUUGAUAUCCGCGGUUGCCUCCGAAACGUUCGAUCUCGCCCAUAUAUUGCCUUUAUUAAAUGCAGUCGUUGCGCGCAAGCCUGAUAGCGAUACCUAG